UCCUCCUUACCUCCGCACUUCUCUUAUCCGUGUUGCAGUAGAUAGUUCGCAUCAUAUUUUGAUUUUCAAGUGUCUGAAAUUUGUUUUCGGGAUCUGUACUCGGUUCUGCUCUCCCGUAAUUGUAGGAUUAUUGAAUUUCUAGGCGUUUUGUUCAUCUGGCGUUUGAGGUAGUCCCUGUGUUUUUUCCUUUGCUGUUUGAUUCUUGAUUCGAUCCUCUGUUUGGAUGUUGAGACCACUGGAAUUGGUUGGGGAUUGUGACCGAAUGGCGAUUGUUGAUACUUCCUAUUUGUGCUGCUCUGACGCAUUAAACUCUAUUUGUGGUCAGUUCGUGAACAGAGAGAGUCGGAUUUAGAUCUGGGAAAUGUUUUGUGAAGUGGAACUAGUGAGAAAUGUGGAAGUCACGGUGGAAAAGGAAAAGAGAGAUGGUGUCAACUUGCAGAGGUACAUUAUAACAUGUCUAUUAGAAAACCUCUUGAAGGAGAAGGCCAGCAAAGACCAUGGCUAUUUUCUUGCUGUUACUAGCUUGAAGAGCAUAGGGAAGGAAGAGGUCAAGAAUGAGUCUGAGUCACAAUGUGUUUCAUUCCCCAUUACCUUUAGUUGCCGAACCUUUUUGCCUUUGGAGGGAGAGAUCUUGCAUGGAGUUGUUCGUCACAUAUUUCGGCGUGGAUUACUCUUAAAAUGUGGACCGAUCAAGUACGUGUUUCUUUCAGCUCGUAAAAUGCCAACCUACCAUUAUGUUGGAGGUGAAAAUCCUGUCUUCUCGAGCACCCAAUCUGCAACGAUUGGAAAUGAUGUCGUUGUACGGUUCAGUGUGCUGGGUGUGAGAUGGUUAGAGAAAAGAGGAUGCAUCAACAAGGAGUUUGUGAUGCUUGCUAGCUUAGAAGGUAACACCUCACUUGGACCCAUUUCAUUGUCCGACUCCGACGAGUUUGACUUGUAAAUUUAGAAACAAACCCACAGAGUUGGUAAUAUUUCAAUGUAAUAUAUUCUUACGCGCCUUGCUCAUUUCUUCCUCUCUUUCUUUGUCUUCCUGUUUGUUGUUCUUCAUGGCAAUGAUAAUUCAAGAUUCUUGUGGAAUAUCCAAAUAAAGCAACAGAAAUCUUCUUUUA